AAUUUGCAAGAAUGAUGGGGGUGCGAUCUCGCUCCCUCUCUCCAACUUUCCACACUAUAAAAUUGCCAUCCACGCCUCCAAAAAAACAUCCAUUUUUCUCACUUCUUCAAGCAAGAAAAAUGUUGAAUUUUUUAGCCUGAUUUGUGAAUCCCAAAUGCACCCAUUUCCCACCUAUGGAUUCUGAAACGACCCUUUUUGUGCCAGAGGCUGAAACUAAUUCCCAGUCCCUUUGGAUCUCCAACUCUGGCUCCUCCAUGGAAGGCAGAUUUCUGCAAGAACAAGCAGAUGGAGCUCGGAACUCUGCAGGGAAAAAACGAAGGCUCACAGUGGACCAAGUUCGGUUACUUGAGAGGAAUUUUAAUGUGGAGAACAAGCUUGAACAUGAGAGGAAGGUUCAACUUGCAGAGGAGAUCGGUUUGCGGCCUCGCCAAGUUGCAGUUUGGUUUCAGAAUCGAAGGGCUCGCUCUAAAACCAAAAAAAUUGAGAUUGAUUAUGAAUCCUUGAAUGCUGAAUAUCAUAAACUCAAGAAAGACUAUACCAGUCUUGUCAAGCUGAAUCAUGAUCUCAAAGCUGAGGCUGAUGAACUGAGAGAAAAAUGGGCUGCUGCUGAGAAGAUGAGGAACCCUUUAGAACCAGUUGAAGUUGAAGUUGAAGCCAUGGAUUCAUCAGUUACAGAGCUUGGAAAACCAAAUACAAGCACAAUGGGUGAAGAUUUGUACAACGUGCAAAUGGGGUCAUCCAGACAGGAAGAGGGCAGCCGAAGUUCAAGCAAAAGUGAUGGCUUUUAUUCUGAAAGCCCCACCAUGGAAAACCAGUCACAGUCGGAUAAUUUCUUGCGAGAUGAAGAAGAUGAAUUGGGCAAAUUGGUAAAACUAGAAGAUGAAAUUUAUGCUGAUGAGUUCAUUGAUUCCUUUAAUUUUAUCAGUACCGCAGUUGAGGAUCAAUCUCUCUGCUUCUGGUCUUGUUGAAGUAUACUUCUAAGUAAAUGUUAAAAUGUACUGAAGGCAUAGUAAUAAAAGAUUUUGCAAGUCA